ACGGGAAUCGAGAAACCAUCGCAGUUUGAGUACCACGAUUUGGAAGCUCAGAGCCAACAAUGGCGGCAAGGCUCCUUCUCUCCUCUCUCCUUCCACUUUUCCUCACCUUCUCCUCCUCCUCCUCCUCCUCCUCCUCCUCUCCAUCUCUCCAAGAUCCAUCCCUCCACAAACCAUCUCACUUCCUCAUCGAUGCCUUCAUCCCCGUCGCCGGCGACGGCCAGCCCUCCACUACCGCUGCUCCCAUUGUGGCGCCAUUACCAGUUCUCCCCCCUUUCCCUCUCGCUCCGGCGCUCUUCGUACUCGGUGACUCCACUGUGGAUUCCGGCACCAACAACUACUUGGGCACCUUCGCCCGCGCCGAUCGUCCCCCAUACGGCCGCGACUUCGACACUCACCGCCCCACCGGCCGCUUCUCCAAUGGCCGGGUCAUCGUCGACUUUCUAGCGGAGAGAUUAGGUCUGCCAUUCGUGCCGCCAUACUUGGGACGGAGUGGGCGUAUUGAGGAUAUGAUCCAUGGGCUCAACUAUGCGUCUGCGGCUUCUGGGAUUCUCUUCUCCAGUGGUUCUGAUCUGGGCCAACACAUUUCCUUGACACAGCAGAUCCUACAGCUGAUAGACACAUUCCAGCAGUUAGAGAUGGAUCUCGGGGUGGCAGCAGCAGCUGAUUUCAUCUCGAGGUCGGUGUUCUACAUCUCCAUUGGGAGCAAUGACUUCAUACAUUACUACAUGCAGAACACGUCCGCUGUGCUUUCGUUGUUCUUGCCUUGGGAAUUCAACCAAAUGUUAGCGAACACCCUGAAACAGGAAAUCAAGACAUUAUAUGAGAAGAAUGUGCGGAAAGUGGUAUUCAUGGGGAUAGCUCCAAUUGGUUGCACCCCACACUACCUGAUGCUUUACGGCAGUAAGAAUGGCGAGUGUGUGGAUGAGAUCAACAAUGUGGUAAUAGAAUUCAAUUAUGCAAUGAGGUACAUGAUAGAUGAGCUCAACCAUGAACUUUCUGACGCCAAAAUCACUUUCUGUGAUGCAUUUAAUGGCUCCAUGGACAUACUAGCCAACCGAAACCUCUAUGGUUUUCAGACCACAACCGAGGCUUGUUGCGGACUUGGCAAGUAUAGAGGCUCCAUUAUGUGCCUAUUGCCGGAGAUGGCAUGCAGCAAUGCAUCAACUUAUGUGUGGUGGGAUGAAUUCCACCCAACCGAUGCAGUGAACCGGAUCCUUGCAAACAACAUUUGGUCCGGCGAGCACACUGUCAUGUGCCACCCGAUGAACUUGCUUCAAAUGAUCGAUUCAGGUCACUGAAUUCUGGCUCUUGAAUACAUUCCAUAUUGAAUUCUUUUGGCACAUCAUCCCUGACCUGAUCUUUGUAUACUUAAACUGUUACUGUGUUCCAUGUGCUUUGUUGUAAAUUCUCAAAUAACCAUUCUUAGCUGCAUUGUACAAAAAUUCUGCUGUACAGAAAUUCAAUUUUCCCUAUUCAACAUUGUAUUUUCCUGAAAUGUCCCUGAUACAUUCACUUGAGAAAUGUAGAAUUACAUGUAAUAAAUUGACAGUAUAUGUGGAGAUGAUAAUCGUUUAUUUCACGGAAAAUUGAACUUGUUUUGUUUUGAACUGGUUAUUUGAAAUUGUGAGUACUAAGACAUAUCAGUGUAAUUUUUUAACCUGCAUUUGUUAAAACAUUUUUUUUU